UAAGAGCAAGAAGAAGUCGGUGCCUCGCAGCAUUCAGUUGGACUCAGACAGUUGUCCUGCUGGUCACUACUUCACACCAGAAACAAUAGGUCUGAAGACAAUGAUGGACAUCAUAAGCACUACACCCUACUAUCACAGCAAUGUCACAGACCUGUCUGGGGGAAAUGGUUCUUUUGAAGAAGAGUAUGAAGACGAGGAUGAACAUGCUGAGCUCAGGCAAUCCCUUAACAUCAUGUCGAUUAUUGUUUACUGCCUGGCCUUUGUUCUUGGGGUGCUGGGAAAUGGAGUGGUCAUCUGGGUCACUGGAUUUAAAAUGAAGAAAACGGUCAACACAAUCUGGUUCCUAAACCUGGCUGUGGCUGACUUCCUCUUCACAGCAUUUUUACCGCUGAGCGUGACUUACACAGCAAUGGAUUUCCACUGGCCGUUUGGCAAAUUCAUGUGCAAACUCAACAGCACUGUCGGCUUCCUCAACAUGUUUGCCAGUGUAUACAUUCUGGUGGUGAUCAGCAUCGACCGAUGCGUGUCUGUGGUGUGGCCCGUUUGGGCUCAGAACCACCGGAGCGUUCGCAAGGCUUCCUGCGUGAGCCUGGGCGUCUGGGUGCUGGCAUUGUUCCUCAGCUCUCCGUACUUCAUCUUCAGAGACACCGGAGCAUCUUUCAACGAUGAGGAUAUUAUCAACUGCUUCAGUAACUUUGCUCUCUCAGAUGAUUACGAAACCCCUGCCGUGAACCAGCUCCGCCAGUUUCGCCACCAGGCGAUGACCAUCACUCGGUUCCUCCUCGGGUUCGUGGUUCCCUUCACCAUUGUUGUGUCCUGCUAUGCGGUCAUAAUCCAUCGCCUUCGGAGGAACCGCUCCCUGGCAAGGUCAGGGCGACCUUUCAAAAUAAUAGCGGCUGUCAUCACAGCAUUCUUCCUGUGCUGGGCUCCAUACCACAUCAUGGCUCUGAUAGAGCUGGUUAACCACGUAGCUGCAGAGUUCAGUGAAACUUUGGACCAUGUGACCACUAUCGGGGUCCCAAUCGCCACCAGUCUGGCAUUCUUAAACAGCUGUCUGAACCCCUUGCUGUAUGUGUUUAUGGGCCAGGACUUUAAGGAGAAGAUCCGCAGGUCCAUCUUGAAGGUGCUAGAAAGUGCCUUCCAGGAAGAGCAGUCCCGAUCCAACACAUACACAAACUCAGGCUUCACGAGUCGCAGCAAAGAUAGGUCCUUCUCUGAUGCUGAAGUAUAGGAUGGUUGACAUUUACAAACCAUUUCAGAUUAUAAUAUCAAGACUUUGCUUCAGAAAAAAACCUGUAAGUAACUAUAAAUUAUUAACAUGAACCAGCCGCAGA